GUCGGCUAAUAUACGUAAGACCCGACGAACAAUUUAACAGUGCUGGUACUCGGUCACGCUGGCCACCUACCAAAGAUUGAGAUCUGUACAUCUUAGCAGAACUGUCUGGUGUACAGCUAGACUUGGAGAGUCUCUCGGCGUCAAGCUCGUUCUUUGACGUACGCCUUGACUAAGCCUGCUUCAGACUUGAGCAUUUUAAAUGUUAGAACAAUUUUGAAAUUGUGUAUUUCUUUGACUAGGAAUUCAAUAAUUAGGAAAUUAAAAGACAUUCUGUGCCGAGUGUUCGUCUUAAUAAGUGACUGAUCUGGAACUUGGACUUAUAGAGAAUACUUCAUCAGCUGUCAGAAUUUGGUCCAGACAUCAUCGGAGAUAGCAUUGAAUACAACCCUCACGACACUUCCGGCGAUGCGCUAUGACUCCUUGAACAUGUCUCUUGUUUAUCCCUCGGCCCCCGGUGUACCACACAUGUCUCUACAUCACCAAGCCCUGUACCCUCUAAUGAUGGCGUCGAACAAGGGCUCUUCACAUAUGACGUCUCCUCUUGGAGGAUCGGACCCUCAGCUCGGGCCGCCCUCGAUCAGCGCUCACGAUUCCUUGUCGCCGAUAUCCUCCACUGCCACUGCUAACCUGGACUCGCACUUUGCGGCUUACAGUCAGAUGGCGGCACUUCAAAACUUGCACUCCAAUAUCUUUCCGUGUGCAACUAGAAGAUACCCUGGAGAUGAAAGCAGUGCCGCUAAAUCGUUGCAUACCUACCACCAGGAUCGCUACGCUGACUAUUUUCGACAGCUGACGGCGAAUCAAGCUCGGUUUGAAUCCGUGUCUUUACUCAACGAGUCUAGACGACGUGAGAGUCGCAGUCCUAAAUCUCCGCAUUCGACAAACGCGUUGCAGACGUCGCAGACAGACAGCAGCUGCAACAACGAUUCCGGAGAUGAACUCGACAAAAGCUCGUUGUACGAAGAGCGUCGAAACGCGAGUGACACUCAACCCAGAGAUGCAUCUUCGCAAAAGUCAGACAGGAUUCCUCAUUCGAUCUCUCACUUUUUACCGCGCGAUGACCACCAGAUGAACGGGUCAUCCAGUGGACAUCAUCAGGACACUGGCAAACAGCAGUAUCACCACGCAGACGACGACGAUGAAUUACUUCAGGUGGACUCUCCUCUGCCCACCUCCAACCGCCGCUCCUCGCCCCAUCCUUCUAUGGGCAGCGACGACGACAUCGAUGACGACAGAGAUAUUAUGUCCAGGUACAACAGCGAGGACAUUGACCACGACAUUUGUGAUAACCUAGACGACGAAACCUCCCCGUGUAAAGACUAUGGCGCUGACGAAGGUGAGAACAAUAAAAACUCCGAAGACAACUCCAGCGGAUCUUCAAUGAAGAAAAAGUCAAGCCUGGUCAAGCCUCCCUACUCAUACAUAGCUCUUAUUACCAUGUCCAUUCUCCAAUCUCCCAGAAAAAGACUCACACUUUCCGGUAUAUGUGAGUUCAUUAUGAACAGAUUUCCCUAUUUCCGAGAAAAAUUCCCCGCUUGGCAGAACAGCAUUCGACACAACCUCUCGCUCAAUGACUGCUUUGUGAAAAUUCCACGGGAGCCGGGAAAUCCUGGAAAAGGCAACUACUGGACACUUGACCCCGCCAGCGAGGACAUGUUUGACAACGGAAGUUUUCUGAGGCGAAGGAAAAGAUAUAAGCGCACGUCGCACAUGGAUAUGAUGGGGCAUAACCCAGCGUUUAUGUCCGCCGCUGAUUCAUACUUUCAUCAUCACGGGUUCCUGAAUCCUCAUGCACAUCACCCAGGACCGUUUCACGGAGGUCCCGGCCACCUCGGCUACCCUUACCUACCACCAGGUUUAUCACAUCCGCUUUCAAUGAUGCAGAGUGAAUAUGGUGUCAGAGGGCACCACUCCCCACACCCGGGCGCCCCACAUUUUCAUCUUCCAUUAGGUCCAGUUGGAUUGCCUAGUCUCCCACCGCUUGGUCCUAUCUCUAUACCCAGAAAUCCCAACAGCCAAUUACGCCAAUUGGAGAAAAUUGAGCUUCCCGACACCAUGGGUCAACCCAGUGACCGCAAAACGUCCAUUCCAUCUUCAUCGCCGAGUUCAUCACCAUCCCCCACAUCCUCGACUCCUCCCCCAACAUCAUCGGCGUCCAAACUUCCAUCGACGCCCCUGUCAUCUCCUCCCACCUCCACUAAGAAAGGGUUUACCAUUGAUAACAUCAUUGGGACGUCUACCUCCAGCGUCCAGACUCCCCCUUCCCCCACCGUUUCCUCUCCAGUGUCCAUAAAGUCCGAAAUUAAGUCCAUCUCUACCUCGUCACCAUCAUCACCAUCAGCGGUCAUGCCCCCAACGCCCGCCUCAGCCGCAGCGGCAGCAGCGGCCGCCCUUCUCCCCGCGUACAGGGCGAGUCUUGCUGGACUCAACUUAUCUUCAACAUUUCCCUCCUUCUCCUCUCUUCAGGCUCUGAGGUCAGGGGCGUGGGACAUCUCUAGCAGAGCGGCCGGAGGAGGAAGUGCUUUUGCAUCGCCCUUUUCAGGGGCGCUUCCAAAUUUAAACCCAAUGGACCUGGAAAAGUAUAGACAAUAUGUGCAAGCGUGUGCUAUUUCUGGGUGGCCUCGCUAGAAAUUCCUAUAUUUUAUUUUUCAUCAUGUGCAUUCCUGAUAUUAUCUGUCAACUCUUCACAAAAAUGGUCAUAAAAGGUCAGUCGUUCAGAACUUUUCAAGAAGAAAGGUCAAUGUAAGACUGUGUACGGCAUUAUUUUCGUGGACAAAUACUUAAAUAAUAAAUCUUACAAAGAAAACGUUCCGCCCUAAAUGGUUUCUGAAGUCUCAGUUCCAGUGACAAAAACUGUACAAAGAUGAAUAGCGAAAGGAAAUUGAGAACACUGGUAGCGAUGAAGUGGUAUCGUCAUGAUACAAAGACAAUUUGCCUGGACAUAGAUAUUUGGUUUCAAAAUACUGAAUAUCAUUGCGUAGUUUGACUGCGAGUCUGAUAUAUUCUCCCAUUAAACCUAAAACGUUACCUUACUUUGAGUGAGAGUAUUACUUUUUCAUUUCUGACUCGCUUUAGUGUUCAGUGAAUUUACAAGAGACAUGGGCAAAAGUCAACUCUUAGCCAGAGAUUUUGAUAUGACCCCAAGUGAAUCAAAUAUACAUUGGGAGGUUUAUAACUUUAUAACAUGAACUAUAUACUGAAUAUAAAAAAAUGCUUAGUUAAGUCCUACAAUGCUAUUUUACUUUCGAAAUUUUAAAUCUCUGGAAUUAAAAACAAAAAAUCACUUCAUAAUGAAACAAAACAAAUUAAAAACGUAAAUCUCAAAACAAUAUUUAUGUGUGGAUGUGUGUGGAUGUGGGUGUGUGGAUGUGAGUGCCAGGACACCAAUUCUUGUAUGAUUUAGAAGCUUUUAUUGUAAUUUAAAAUUGACCCUCUAAUGUUGCCAUGUGAUGAAAUGAUUUAAAAAAAAAAAAACUGUGUAUAAUGUAUUAUCCAAUGUAUAUGUAAUUAGAAGCAUAGAUUUAAAUCUAAAAUACCAAAGAAAUAUUUUUAAAAUUUAAAAUUGUAUAUCUAUAGUCAAACCAUUUGAAAUGCUGCUUGUAGUAGGCCUGUUUGUAUUUAAACAUGAGUAGAUUUUUACAACCUUUUUAUUUUUACAUGCUUGUCUUGUUCAAUAGCAUUUAAAUACUAUGAACAUUUUUUUUUUUAAACUCAACUUGGCUGUUACCAUUUUGUAAAUAUUUUUUAGUACCGAAACUGUCUGAUAAAAUGAAUACUUUUAGUCAAAGUUUGAUGAAAUUGUAAAUGAUAUUUCUAUGUGUUUGGUAUAUCAGGUCUUUAUAUAAAUAAAAAUUAAUUACUAGAAAAAAAGAAAAAUAUGUAAAAACAAAAAACCCAGAUAUUUUAUAAAAAAUUUCCCAGUAAUAUAAUCACAAAGCUUUUGUUUUCCAGUGUUAAUGUUAGAGUGUAGUGUCACAGUAGCCGUAUGUUGUUAUAUAAAAAAAAAUGAAAACCUCCAGAAAUGAGAGAAAGCUGUUAAUAAACUCUUUUUAAUCAUAUUAACAUUUUUUAAUUUUCGUAUUCACUAUAAUACACUACAAUAUCAUCAAUACUUUAUUUAAAGUGAAGUCGGAAAAAAAAAACACACAGGAAGGUCGGAUAUUUAGUUUAUAUAGCCACAAAGCAGUGUGCCUGGUGUCUUCUUAUCUAAGUUUUUAAACUCAACCAUUGGAAUGUUUGUCUCUGUCGAGCUAUCGUGUGAUUGGACGAAGUAAUUGUAUAGUCACAUUGAAAUAUUCCUUCAUAUUUAAAUUGUAGUAUUUACUUCUUUACGGAAAUCGGUAACCCAAUUACUUAGUAUUUGAUAUUGUUUCGACAAGUCUCGAGUCUUUAAAUAAUCACACUUGAUAUGCGCCAACUUGUUUUGGAAAACACCAAAGCUUUAAUUUUCUUGUCUUUGUUUAGGAUAUCAAUUCAAUUUUUAAUUGCGAGAUAGACUUUUAUAAAUAAAGUUAGUAAUAAAAUGAGUAUCCCUAUAGUUCGCCGUUACUUUGGAGGUUGUAGUGCUAGUGGCUACAAUAAGUGUAGCAUGAUAAACCAAAGCUACAAUGUCUGGCUUGCUCGAGUGUAGUGGCGGAGUAAUGAAUAAUUAAGUGACUUUCUAUUUUCAGGGUAGAAAGAGUAGCAGACGGGCAGGGAGAGAGAGGGGAGACAAAAAAUGAAUUAAAUUUCAUGUUUUGAAUAUUAAAAAAAUUAGUAAAAUAACAAUUUCUUAAAAAAAUUAAAAUAAAACACUUUGAUUGAUCGAAAUAAAUAUAAAUGUCUCGCUUCACAGCACACAUUGCAGAAUGUACUUUUUGUUUUUAUAAUAAUUUUAGAAUUAAGACAUAAAAAAAAUACUUACCAAUUAAGGUAAUACAAAUAUUAAUCAUUAUAAUAAUAAUCAUGUCCCAUCAUUUCUUAAAUUACAUUUAUUGCAAUGGUAUGUAGGUUUAUGUAUAGCACUCGCUGUAUUGAUUGAAACCGGUCCCACAAUUAGUCAAAAAGUCAUUCUAUUCAUCAAUUUGUCUUACACAUGUACAGUGAACGUAUUAGCCAUAGCAAGUAUCCGAAACACUGUGUGUAGAAAUGUCCCACACUUGCACAAUUCUAUGUUCAUGUAGGCCUAUGUUCAUAAAUCAUAUAUGUUCAUAUAUUUUUAUGUAUGUUCAUGAAUCAUGUAUGUUCCUAUAUUUUAAUGUAUGUUCAUGAGUAUUCAUGUACGAUACAUUAAAUGUUAGUUUAUUCAUUUAUGAAGUUUUUUUUUCCCCAAUGAACUGACCUGUGGAGUACUCACUGUUAUCGCGUGACAGGGUAAAAAAAAAUUUGGUCAAAUGUAUUCAUGUCCAUUUUUAAAACAAACAUUUUAUCACAAUUAGUUUUUGUUUCUCAAUUUGUUUGACAGUUGACCUUCAAAUUUUGUUUUUCUGUGCAAUAAAUUGAUAUUUUAUAAUGAUCAAA